GGCUGUUGUGUCGUGGUGAGAGGGUGAUUGCUGCUUUUGGGAUAUUGACAGUGGGAUAGAAAAAUUAACAAAAAAACACACGCUUAUUUGCCUCGUCUCUGGACUGCUGACUUGAAGACAGCCCAGCGGACUCUUUCGCCUCGUGCGAUCGGCCCGUAACGGUGGAGUUUGGGAUUUGAGGAAUAAAUGAGGCGGAAGAAGCACAGUGGAGGAAUACACUAGCAUUCGCUUUGGAUUUAUGGAUACAUCAGGAUGAAACGGCUCAGGACUUCAAGCAGUAGUGAUAGUUCAGAUAAUGAGAGUCCCUCGACGUCCUUCUCCUUUAACAAGUAUGGAAGCAAACCAGGCACCCCCGCCUCUGCUCAGAAGAAACCAGCAGAGGUGUUCAGAAAAGACUUGAUCAGUGCAAUGAAGCUUCCGGAUUCUCACCACAUCUCUCCAGAGGAUUAUUACCUGCUGGCUGACACAUGGAAGCAGGAAUGGGAAAAAGGUGUACAAGUACCCGCCAGUCCAGACACCAUCUCUCAUCCCUCUGUGAAAAUAAUGGCAGAGAAGCCAAAGGAGGUCCUCUUCACCAAACCAAGGAAAUUUAUUCAGUGCUGGAAUCAGGACUCUACGGAUACGGGUUACGUCAACAUCAAAGAGCUGGCAGAGGCCAUGUGCAGAUACGACCUAGACGAUAUGGACUUAUACUGGCUCCAGCAGCUCAAUGCAGAGCUUGGGCAGAUGGGUGAAGGGCUGGUGGAUGAGUUGACAAUGGAACAGGUGAUGGAGGCACUGGAGAGGCAGUGCCACGAAAACAUGAACCACGCAAUCGAGACCGAGGAAGGGUUGGGAAUAGAAUAUGAUGAGGAUGUCAUCUGUGAUGUAUGUCGUUCACCUGACAGCGAAGAGGGCAAUGACAUGGUCUUUUGUGACAAGUGCAACAUUUGCGUGCACCAGGCCUGCUAUGGCAUUGUGAAAGUGCCAGAUGGAAACUGGCUGUGCAGAACGUGUGUGCUUGGCAUCAAUCCUCAGUGCCUUCUUUGUCCAAAAAGUGGGGGUGCAAUGAAGGCCACCAGGGCGGGCACAAAAUGGGCUCAUGUAAGCUGUGCUCUCUGGAUACCGGAGGUGAGCAUUGCGUGUCCAGAAAGGAUGGAACCAAUCACCAAAGUGUCUCAUAUUCCCCCCAGCCGCUGGUCCCUCAUCUGUAGUCUCUGUAAGCUCAAGACUGGAGCCUGUAUACAGUGCUCAGUUAAGAACUGCACCAUCCCUUUCCACGUCACUUGUGCGUUUGAGCAUAAUCUAGAGUUGAAGACCAUCCUGGAUGAAGGUGAUGAGGUCAAGUUCAAAUCCUACUGCCUGAAGCACAGUAAACCCAAAACGAGUGAACUGGGCUUGAGCCCGGCCCGUCAUAAAGCUCCGACCGAAACGGAGAAGCUGGGCCUGAGGGCGCAGAAACUUCAGGAGUUGGAGGAGGAGUUCUACACCCAUGUGCAUCCUGAACAAGUGGCCCAGGACCUUGGACUGCCUGUCCACUUGCUGGAUUUCAUCUUUCAGUACUGGAAGAUGAAGAGAAAAAGCAACUUUAACAAAGCUCUGCUGCCACCUAAAGAAGAUGAAGAGAACAUGCUUCUGCUGCCACAGGAGGACAGCAUACAUACACGAAUGCGCAUGUUCAUGCACCUACGGCAGGACCUGGAGAGGGUGAGGAACUUGUGCUACAUGGUGAGUCGGAGAGAGAAACUGAAGCUGUCUCAGAGUAAAGCUCAGGAGCAGAUUUUCAAUCUGCAUGUCAAGCUCAUCAACCAAGAGUUAUCUGCAGGGCUUCCUGUGUCAUCUUCUAUAGAGAACCUACUGUUUCACCCACCUCCCAGGAUAACAAUCAAACUCAAAAUGCCCAAAGUGUCACUUGGCAAUGGUAAGCAAUUCCAAAACAAUUCCAAAUCUGGUAAUGGACCUCUGUGCCCGGACAACAGCGUUAAUGUGUAUGACAUUGUUGAGAGUGGCAUUGGCCAGGGAAAACCGCAACUCCAUCCCAGCCGAGCACGGAUAGAGGAGCGCGCUAAUGGCCUCAUGCCUGCCUCGGUCUACAUACGGCGAGAUGGUGGAACACCCACAUUGUCUGUGAAACAAACAGGCAAACCCCUGGCUCUUCAUGCUGCCCUCCAUGGUCAAUCAUCCAAUGGAAAGGGCAAAGCCGAACCGAAUAAAACUCGGCAACUGAAAGCCAACGGAAUUAUAGAGAAGCCUGUGCUUCAGAUAGACACAUCCAGCCAGACGCCUACUGGGCAAGAAACACGCACCGAAAUUUCAGGGAAAGGUCAGGUAGGUGGAUUCUACAAAACCUCCCUUGAGCACUUCAGUAGAUCCCUCAAAGAAGCAACUGUCAGUUUAGUACGAACUGAGGAUCUUCGGGCCUUUGAGAAGAAUGCACGAAAGUCCUCUGGAUUCCCCAAACCGGUUUCCAAUGAGCGGCCACUAGGUGGCAGCAGAGCAUACCAAGACAGCGAUGGUUACUGCCCAGAUGUGGAGCUCAGUGACUCUGAGCCUGAGGCUAAGGGGAAGAGCCGGCAGGGAAGUAGGAGGCAAAACCAGAGAACUGCCGCUGGGGACUAUCUCAAGUCAGCGACUCGAGCAAAACUAUCUUUAAGCUCUAGGACAUCAGUGAAAAGGUGACAAUCUUUCAAAGUAAUUAAAAAAAUUCUCAAACCCACUGCCACAAAUUACCAUAAACCCUCCAGAGGUUGUCAUAAGUGCCAGACUUGCCCUCAGACAGAAUAUUUUUUACUUUCCUCUGUUGAAAUUCAGGCGAUGGUUUUUAGUAUGGCGUGCCAAAAAUAUUCUCCCCUAUUUUUGUAAUGGGUCUGUCUGUUGGAUUGGUAUCACUGUGUCUCUCUACCCAGCUCUAAAACAUAGUAUUUCUGCAUUAAAUGGACUCAGUAAGUGAGAGCACAUCAUGUGUCAUGUACAAUAGGUUUUAUGGGCCUUGAAGCCAUGUUUCUGUACAUAAUGAUCAAAAACAAACCUCUUUUUUUUUUUAGACUGUAUAUAGUAGUUUGUGUUAAAAUGUGGAACACAUUGUUCAGAUUGUUUCCACGCAUUGAAACAUUAUCAUACUUUGUUACUGAUAUGGUUAUGCAAAUAAAUAAAGACUUAAGAACUCAGAAGUGACAAAUGUUUGGUUGUUCUGACGAUUUGUUUGGCCAUCUGAAAGAACAGACCGUUUUCUCUGUCCUAUUUCUCACCCUCCAUGCCUCUGUAUUUGUCUCUCUUUCUUUGUUGUUUCCGUUUUUUUUUUCUUUUGAAAUGUUAGUAUUGGGAUGCUUGCUGUCUGAUUUGCGCUCUCUGUUGAGAAAGUGUGUGUGCAACCUGAAAUGGUCUUCCAUCUUUGUCUUGAAAUAACAGAAUAUGUCAGUUAAACCCUUAUUUUUUUAAAUGUAGAACGACACUUCAUUAUAGAUGAUUUUAUUUAAUUGUUUUUCACUUGAUCAAUCUGGCUAUCCCUUGUCAGGUUAUGUUUUAUGUAAGGCCAUGAGAAAUGGCCUGUAAUAAAAGAUCAUGGAAUUUUACAUGCAUGAGAGGUAGUGUGGUAUUUUAGCUCUAGAAAAACAAUGUAAAUGUAUUUUGGAAAUCUGGACA